GGGACACACCUGAGCCAGUCUACUUUAACAUUUUGACACCAACUGCGCAUGCUCAGCUAGAUCGAGAGAGAACACUGUCAUGGCGGAGACGGGCUGUUGCAGGAGGUGAAUGAGGAAGAGAUGACGCUGUAACUGGGUUAUUGCUGAGACCUGUCUCAAACAUAGUAGUUUUCUCCGGGGAAACGAAGUGGACUCUUGUCCUCUGACCGGUGUGGACAGGGUUGCCCUUAGACUUGCCUUAGAUUUGGGAGUUUCGCUACAGCCACGCUCCUUUUACCUGUCUGAGACACUGUCAUCUAGCAGUAAGUUCUCUUGCAGCCUGUCGCCGAAAUGUGAGUCGCGGUUUCCUGUUCACGAAUUUUGACAGAGCGCCUGAAUGGAUGUUAAUCUUAUAGCUUAGUUGUGCCGGCUGCCGGUGUUGGGAAACGACAAUUUGUAUGCUGCGACUGCCGGUUCAGUUUUUCGACACAGGCUGUUAUCAAGUUUCAACUAGACAGUAGAAACUGGACUUCGGCGGAAUCGCUGUGACAACUCCAAUGUUGCAGUGUCUCUGACUUCAAUUCCUACCUUGAAGCUUUCAUAGCAACCUUGCACACUGCGAUAGGCUUUUUGUGACAUCCAGGGCUGUUUUGGAUGGAGAGGAAAACAUUUUGUUUUGUUUCAAGGGUGCUUACUUGACAAGGGAGAAGGAGCAUAUCCAAGUGUUUUUCCAUCGACUCUCCGGUAACCGCCUACAGGUCGAACAGGUGCCUUACCUGUUACUACCACCUGCCCCUCUUUAGCAAUGGCUAGCGAGGAGACACCGUCUACUUCACAAACUGGGGACAGUGGCAAGGACGAGAGACUGGCCACAAUGUCGCUCAAUCCUGCAAUUCCUAUACGAGGAAUACGAAUGAAAUUUGCUGUCCUUGCGGGCCUAGUAGAUGUUGGGGAAGUUUCGAACCGGGACAUUGUGGAGACCGUCUUCAAUCUGCUGGUGGGAGGUCCCUUUGACCUGGAGAUGAACUUCAUUAUCCAGGAGGCCCAGAGCAUUGGCUGCAUGGUGGAGCUACUGGACAAGUGUGACCCCACGUGCCAGGCAGAGGUGUGGAGCAUCUUCACGGCCAUUCUGAAGAAGAGUGUGCGCAACCUGCAGGCCUGCACUGACGUGAGCCUCAUCCAGCAGGUGCUGGCCCGCGUAGACACAACCGACAGCAUGAUUGCAGAUCUGAUGGUGGAUAUGUUGGGUGUGCUGGCCAGCUACAGCAUUACAGUGAAGGAGCUCAAACUGUUCUUCAGCAAACUGCAAGGAGCAAAAGGCCAAUGGCCCCCCCAUGCUGUGAAGCUGCUGUCUGUGCUGAAGUCCAUGGCUCACAGAAAUGGCCCCGACUCCUUCUUCAGUUUCCCAGGAAAGAGUGCUGCGGCCAUUGCCCUGCCACCCAUAGCAAAAUGGCCUUAUCAGAAUGGUUUCACCUUCCACACAUGGCUACGUGUGGACCCCCUCAAUAACAUUAAUGUGGACAAGGACAAGCCUUACCUCUACUGCUUUCGCACCAGCAAAGGCCUGGGCUACUCUGCACACUUUGUGGGUGGCUGUCUCAUCAUCACUUCAUUGAAGUCCAAAGGGAAGGGCUUCCAGCACUGCGUCAAGUAUGACUUCAAGCCCCAGAAGUGGUACAUGGUGACGAUUGUCCAUGUGUACAACCGCUGGAAGAACAGUGAAAUCAGCUGUUAUGUCAAUGGGGAACUGGCGUCAUAUGGAGAGAUCACCUGGUUUGUCAACACCAGUGAUACCUUUGAUAAGUGUUUCCUGGGCUCGUCGGAGACGGCGGAUGCCAACCGCGUGUUCUGUGGGCAGAUGGGGGCGGUGUAUCUCUUCAGCGAGGCCCUGAGUGCUGCCCAGAUCCUGGCCAUCUACCAGCUGGGACCCGGCUACAAGGGCACCUUCAAGUACAAGGCCGAGAGUGAUCUUCUGUUUGCGGAGCAUCACAAGAUGCUGCUGUAUGACGGCAAGCUGUCCUCCAGCAUCGCCUUCACCUACAACCCCCGCGCCACCGACGCUCAGCUCUGCCUGGAGUCCUCGCCCAAAGACAACGCCUCCAUCUUUGUCCACUCGCCCCACGCCCUCAUGCUGCAGGACGUGAAGGCAGUGGUCACUCACUCUGUGCAGAGCGCCAUCCACUCCAUAGGUGGCGUACAGGUGCUCUUCCCUCUGUUUGCACAGCUGGACUUUCUCCAGCCCUCCAGUGAUGAGCCGAAUUCAUCUAUCUGUUGCACCCUGUUGUCGUUUGUGAUGGAGCUGCUGAAGAACUCGGUGGCUAUGCAAGAGCAGGUGCUGUCCUGUAAGGGGUUCCUGGUGAUUGGCUACACUCUGGAGAAGUCUUCCAAAGUUCAUGUGACUCGACCUGUUUUGGACAUACUCCUGGCCUUUGCACGUUACCUUAGCAACCUGUCCAAUGGUGUCCCACUGCUGAAACAGCUGUGUGACCACAUCCUGUUCAACCCCACUAUAUGGAUCCAUGCUCCUUCCAAGGUACAACUGACUCUCUACACUUACCUGGCCACAGAGUUCAUCAGUACGGUCACCAUCUAUAAUGCCAUUCGGCGAGUGGGCACUGUGCUGCAGGUGAUGCACACGCUGAAGUACUUCUACUGGGUGGUGAACCCCCAGGACCGCAGCGGGGUCACCCCCAAAGGCCUGGAUGGCCCCAGACCCAAUCAGAAGGAGAUCAACUCUUUAAGAGCAUUUCUGCUACUGUUUGUCAAGCAGCUCAUCAUGAAGGAUUACGGGGUAAAGGAAGAUGAACUCCAGAGUAUUCUGAACUAUCUUCUCACCAUGCAUGAGGAUGACAAUCUGAUGGAUGUGCUACAGCUCCUGGUUGCUUUGAUGUCAGAGCAUCCUAGUUCCAUGGUCCAGGCAUUCGACCAACGCAAUGGAAUACGGGUCAUUUACAAGCUCCUGGCAUCAAAGACUGAAGGCAUCCGAGUGCAGGCGCUGAAAGUCAUGGGCUACUUUCUGAAGCAUCUGCCACCAAAGAGGAAGUCGGAGGUGAUGCUCGGCCAUGGACUCUUCUCCCUCCUCACCGAGCGGCUCAUGCUCCACUCCAACCAGUUUUCCAUAACGACCUACAAUGUGCUCUUUGAGAUUUUGACUGAGCAGAUCUGUACCCAAGUGAUCCACAAACAGCAUCCAGACCCUGACUCCUCUGUGAAGAUCCAGAAUCCUCAGAUCUUGAAGGUGAUUGCGGCUCUGCUGAAGAACUCCCCUCCUGGUCCAGAGGGCAUGGAGGUGCGCCGCAUCUUCCUGUCCGACAUGAUCAAACUGUUCAACAACAGCAGAGAGAACAGGAGAAGCCUGCUGCAGUGCUCCGUGUGGCAAGACUGGAUGUUGUCGCUCUGCUACAUUAACCCAAAGAACAGUGAGGAGCAGAAAAUCACUGAGAUGGUGUACGCCAUUUUCCGGAUCCUUCUCUAUCACGCCAUUAAGUACGAAUGGGGAGGUUGGAGGGUGUGGGUGGAUACACUUUCCAUCACUCAUUCAAAGGUGACCUUUGAGCAACACAAGGAGAACCUGUCUCGAAUGUUCAGGGAGUACCAGCGACUUGGCCCUGAGGGUGGUUCUGGGGCCCAAAUCCGGACAGUAUCUGGGGCCAGUCGAGAUUCAGAGCUUCUGAGCCAUGCCAAUGGAGAGGUUACGGAAUCCCCACUGAAUGAGGAGAUGGCUCCGUCCACAAUGAUUGAGCUGCGUGUGGAUGAACAGCCCUCUUCUCUCCCCACUCAUGCUAAGGAUGAGGGAAGAGAUGAAGAAAAGGUUAAGAACAAGGGAAGAGAAGAAGGAAGAGAUGAGGAGAGAAGCCAUACCUCUGUUGCGGUGUCAAACAUCUUACUCCGUGCUGAAGAAGAGGAGAAGCAAGAGGAUGAGCGUAGAGCUCAACAGCAAGACAACCAAGCUAGUGGAGCACAGGAAGCUCAACAGCAAGACAACCAUGCUAGUGGAGCACAGGAAGAAAGUCAACAUGACGCGGAGGCACCACAUGGCCAUGAACAUAACAUGAAAACUUCUGACAAUCAUGUAACUGCUGCUAAGGAGUGCAGAGAUGGUGAGACUGAACCAAAAGAGAAGCCUGCUGUCCCAGCAGAAGGAGCUGAAAGUGGAGAUGUAGAGAAAUCUGAAGAGGCUGGAAUGGAAAGUAGUGCUGAAGUGUGUGAGGGCAAAACAGAAGAUGCAAAGGUAGAAGGAACAAAUGAUGUGAAACAGACUGCAGGAGAAGGUGAUGCUCAGAAGGAGCCCGAGGUAACUGAAGUGAAGAGGGACCAGAAUGAAGAUCCUGACUCGAGAGAGAUGAUUAAGGAGUCGGCAGCGGUUCUGUCAAGGGAAGACUCUGUAGAGCAGGGGAACUCUGAAGUUUCCAACUACAAUGAGACUAGUACAGCCGGUGCAUCCAUCUUCAGUGAAGACCUGGUAGAUGUCUCCUCUGUCAGUGAUGCGGUCAAAGCCAGUGAUGACCGUAUGGAAGAGUCCUCUUUUGUGUCCGCCAGUGCUACCGCAGGGGAUGAUGAUGGGGAGGGGGAUGAUGAGGACGAGGCUGCAGUUCAGAAUAAAACAGCAAAGUCUGACACCGGAGAACCAGAUGUACAGGCAGAGAGUGCUCCUAUUAAUGAAAAAGAAGCAAUAAAAGAAAGCAGUGAGAGAUGUGCAGACCAGGGAGAAGUGGAGAAAGAACUGGUGGACAGUAAGGAAGCUCAGCCUUCCACUGUGACUACUGAGGAGCCAGUGGCAUCAGAGGAACCCACUGCAGAACCAGUGACAUCAGAAGAACCCACUGCAGAACCAGUGACAUCAGAGGAACCCACUGCAGAACCAGUGACAUCAGAAGAUCCCACUGCAGAACAAGCAACAUUAGAGGGAGCCACUGCAGAACCAGCAAUAUCAGAAGGAGAGAAAGGACAGACAUCUACAGCAAAGACUGAGGAGGGAGAGGGUGGUGAUUCACAGAAGCCAGCUGCAGAGCCUGGGAAGGAGCAAGCACAGGGCAUUGCUGCAAAGACCAAAGAAAUCAAAAUUGCUCGUCUUGAUGUGUCAAGUGUAGCUACAGACACUGAAAGACUGGAACUGAAGGAGGCAACUACAUCGGAGGUGAGUCAGGCUCAGGCCGCAGCAUCUGGUCCUGCUCCAACAAAUAGAGACAGUGCCUCAUCUUCGGCUCGUUCCACCAUGUUCCGUAUCCCAGAAUUCAAAUGGUCCCACAUGCACCAGCGACUUCUGACCGACCUCCUCUUCUCCAUAGAGACAGAUGUGCAGAUGUGGCGGAGCCACUCCACCAAGACAGUGAUGGACUUUGUAAACAGCAGUGAAAAUGUGGUGUUUGUACACAACACGGUGCACCUGAUCUCUCAGGUGCUCGACAACCUCAUCAUGGCCUGUGGUGGCAUCCUGCCUCUGCUCUCAGCUGCCACCUCCUCCUCGCAUGAGCUGGAGAGCAUCGAGCCGUCUCAGGGUCUGGCGGUGGAGGCCUCGGUCACGUUCCUGCAGCGACUCAUCAACCUGGUGGACGUGCUCAUCUUCGCCAGCACCCUGAGCUUCACUGAGAUCGAGGCGGAGAAGAACAUGUCCUCUGGCGGCAUCCUCAGACAGUGCCUUCGACUCGUGUGUGCCAUGGCGGUGCGCAACUGUCUGGAGUGUCAGCACGGUCAGGCUGGCUCGGACAGCGGCCGUGGUCACAAAGCUACGCAAGGCCACAUGGGAGCAGCCAAAUCCAUGCCUGCACAGAGUCCGGUGGAUAUGGUGACUGGAGGGAUGUCUCCUGUCAGAGAUAUGGACCGACUCCUGCAGGACAUGGAUAUAAACCGCCUCCGAGCGGUGGUAUUCAGAGACAUUGAGGACAGUAAGCAGGCCCAGUUCUUGGCUUUGGCUGUAGUUUACUUCAUCUCUGUGCUAAUGGUGUCUAAAUACCGGGACAUUCUGGAGCCUCAGAAUGACAAAAGAGCUGUCCAGCACAGGCAGUCCACCAGGAGCACAGAGAGCCUCUCUUCUGGUGUGGAGCUGGAGGGCGGUGUGUCUCUCCGCCGCCGGGACUCUGGUAUAGGGGACGAGCAGACCUCCUCGACUCCCAGCGAGAGUGUGGCCAGCAGCUCGCAGGGGCCCGACGCCGUCUCAGAGGCACUGUCCACGCUGUCCCUUGAGGUCAGGAAAGGUCAGGAGGGUGCCAGUGAGCGCGAGUCCAAAAGCAAGAAUGUGAAGGACAUCCUGCGCAGCCUGGUCAGCGGGCCUACUGAUGAUGUCAUGGUGGACCCCAGCCUACUGCCCCCCACCUUCUUGGGAGCUGUGGGAGGAGACGGCAGCCGUGACAAGUCUCUCCAGUUCCAAUCCUUCGACAGGAGUGUUGUAGUGGGGCCCAAGAAGGCGGGAGGAGCUCCAUCUCCAGCCAGCGUCUCGUCCGCUGUGGCCAACCCAGCAGCCUCUGCAGCAGGUGGGACUCCGGUCAACAACGUGGCCGUGGUGUCCAGCAGUGACGCUACCCAGAGCACUUCAGCGGAGUCUGCCACAGUAGCUGAUCCUGGAAGCGCCAACCUGCCAUCUGUCCCUGCGCUGUCCCCAGCCAGCCAGCACACCACCCCCAGCAUGAGUAUAUCUGAGAGGCUGGAGCACGCGCUGGAGAAGGCUGCACCCUUGCUGCGGGAGAUCUUUGUGGACUUUGCUCCGUUCCUGUCCCGCACGCUGCUGGGCAGCCAUGGGCAGGAGCUGCUCAUAGAGGGCACAAGUCUGGUGUGUAUGAAGUCCAGCAGCUCUGUUGUGGAGCUGGUGAUGCUGCUGUGUUCACAGGAGUGGCAGAACUCCAUCCAGAAGAACGCUGGCCUGGCUUUCAUUGAGCUCGUCAACGAGGGCAGGCUACUGAGCCACACUAUGAAGGACCAUCUGGUGCGUGUGGCCAACGAGGCUGAGUUCAUCCUGAGCAGACAGAGAGCAGAAGACAUCCACAAGCAUGCAGAGUUUGAGUCCCACUGUGCGCAGUAUGCUGCUGAGAAGCGAGAUGAGGAGAAGAUGUGUGACCACCUCAUCCGUGCCGCCAAGUACCGCGACCAUGUCACUGGCACCCAGCUGAUCCAGAAGAUCGUCAACAUCCUCACUGACAAACACGGUGCCUGGGGAAACUCCUCAUUCAGUCGGCCUCGGGACUUCUGGCGCCUUGACUACUGGGAAGAUGACCUGAGGAGGAGAAGGCGCUUCAUCAGGAACCCCUAUGGCUCCACACACUCUGAGGCCAUACUUAAGGCUGCUGCUGAACACGCAGCUCCUGAAGAAGACAUCCUCAAAGGCAAACAGUCCAUCAGAAGUCAAGCGCUGGGUAAUCAAAACUCGGAGAGCGAGAUACUGCUGGAUGGUGAUGAUGACACGCUGUCAUCUCUGGAGGAGAAGGAGUUGGAGAACCUCACAGGCCCCGUGAACCUGAGCACCGGGGCACAGCUGGUCGCGCCAGCCGUUGUGGUGAAGGGAACCCUGUCCAUCACUGCCUCGGAAGUGUACUUUGAGGUGGAUGAGGAAGAGCCGAGCUUUAAGAAAAUCGAUCCCAAGAUCCUGACCUACACCGAGGGGCUUCAUGGGAAAUGGCUGUUCACAGAGAUCCGGGCCAUCUUCUCCCGGCGCUACCUCCUGCAGAACACGGCGCUGGAGCUCUUCAUGGCCAACAGGACUGCGGUAAUGUUCAACUUCCCAGACGCGGCCACGGUAAAGAAGGUGGUGCAUUGUCUACCACGUGCGGGCGUGGGCACUAACUUUGGCCUCCCACAGACAAGGCGGAUCUCCCUGGCGAGCCCAAAGCAGCUGUACAAGGCCUCUAGCAUGACUCAGCGCUGGCAACGGAGGGAGAUCUCCAACUUCGAGUACCUCAUGUUCCUCAACACUAUAUCUGGUCGCACGUUCAACGACCUGAACCAGUACCCUGUUUUCCCCUGGGUCAUCACAAACUAUGAGUCUGAGGAGCUGGACCUCACGCUGCCUAGCAACUUCAGAGACCUGUCCAAGCCAAUUGGAGCCCUAAACCCGAAGAGAGCAGCCUUCUUCUCUGACCGCUAUGAAUCAUGGGAAGACGAUCAGGUUCCAAAGUUUCACUAUGGCACCCAUUACUCCACCUCCAGCUUCACACAGAUGUGGCUGCUGCGAAUCGAGCCAUUCACAACUUUCUUCCUCAACUUCCAAGGAGGGAAGUUUGACCAUGCAGACCGAACGUUCUCCUCAGUGUCCAGGGCCUGGAGGAACUGCCAGAGAGACACCUCUGAUGUCAAGGAGUUGAUCCCAGAAUUUUAUUAUCUGCCUGAGAUGUUUGUCAACUCCAAUAAUUACAACCUGGGUGUGAUGGAUGAUGGCUCUGUGGUGUCAGACGUGGAGCUGCCAGCGUGGGCCAAGGACCCAGAGGAGUUUGUGCGCAUCAACCGCCUGGCUCUGGAGAGUGAGUUUGUGUCCUGCCAGCUGCACCACUGGAUCGACCUCAUCUUCGGCUACAAACAGCAGGGGCCCGAGGCCGUGCGGGCGCUCAAUGUCUUCUAUUACCUGACCUACGAGGGAGCGGUCAACCUCAGCUCCAUCAAUGACCCCAUGCUCAGAGAGGCGGUUGAAUCUCAGAUCAGGAGCUUUGGACAAACACCCUGUCAGCUACUCAUAGAGCCACACCCGCCAAGGAGCUCAGCCAUGCAGGUGUAUCUCCUCCUGCAGACACCGCUGAUGUUCACAGAGCAGAUGCAGCAGGACGUCAUCAUGGUGCUGAAGUUCCCCUCCAACUCCCCGGUCACCCAUGUGGCGGCCAACACCCAGCCCGGCCUGGCCAACCCCGCCAUCAUCACCGUCACCGCCAACCGCCUCUUCUCCGUCAACAAGUGGCAUGGCCUCACCGGUCAUCAAGGCUCUUCUGUUCAAGAUCAGCAGUACCAGCUGCCAGUGGAGAUCGACCCUCUGAUAGCCAGUAAUGUGGGCACUCACCGGCGGCAGAUCUCCGACCUGCUGGACCAGAGUAUCCAGGUCCACUCCCAGUGCUUCACCAUCACCGCUGACAACCGCUUCAUCCUGCUCUGUGGCUUCUGGGACAAGAGCUUCCGCGUCUACUCCACGGACUCAGGGAAACUCACUCAAAUUGUGUUUGGCCAUCGGGACGUGGUGACGUGUCUGGCGCGCUCCGAGUCCUACAUCGGGGGCGACUGCUACAUGCUGUCCGGCUCCAGGGACGCCACCCUGCUGCUCUGGUACUGGAACGGCAAGCACAACAGCAUCGGAGAGAACCCUGGAAAAGAGUUUGUGACGCCCCGGGCCAUCCUGACAGGGCACGACUGUGAGGUGACAUGUGCGAGUGUGUGUGCAGAGCUGGGCCUGGUCAUCAGUGGCUGUGCAGAGGGGCCCUGUCUGAUCCACUCCAUGAACGGGGACCUGCUGCGCACCCUGGGUGCUCCCGAGGGCUGCGUGCGGCCUCGCCUCGUCCAGGCCUCUACAGAGGGACACUGCGUCGUCUACUUCGACAAGGGUCACCUCUGUUUGUUCAGUGUCAACGGCAAACUACUGGCCCACAGGAAGAUGGAGGAGAAUGUGAAGGCCAUGCAGCUGAGCAGGGAUGGCCAGUACCUGCUGAGUGGAGGAGACGCCGGAGUUCUGAGUGUGUGGCAGGUGUAUGACAUGAAGCAGCUCUUCACCUACCCAGGCUGUGACGCAGGAAUCCGCUCCAUGGCCAUGUCCCAUGACCAGAGGUGCAUUAUCACUGGCAUGGCGUCUGGCAGCAUCGUCCUGUUCUACAAUGACUUCAACAGGUGGCACCAUGAGUACCAGACCCGUUACUGAGGGGCCAGCACUCCGCAGUACAAACAUCCACUGGGCCGCUCUGCUGGUUCACCAUGGCAACAGCACUGGCCACUGCAAGCCCAAUCCUGCCAUGGCUCUCAGAGACACUAUUCUGAAUACAUGUUCAAAUUCUGAAUGUAUCUCUUAACAGAAGUUUAAAAAUUCAACUAUUUUUAAAAGGGCAUUGUUAUAUUUUGUAGAUCUUAUGCUAUUUCAUAUAAUAUUAAAUCUUAGGGGUGGGGUUAUAUACCUAUCAUUGAAAUAAAUCUAUUUUUAGCUGUAAAAGUCUAUUUUCACCUCAGCCCACCAAAAAUAAAGGGCUCGAGUGGUCAAUAGCUAGAUGACUAUAUUUGCAUCUAUAGUCCAUAUAUAGAUUCCAUAUAUUUGUGUACUUCUUGGGGUGAGUGAUUUUUUCAGUUGCUGUGUCUGUUGGGGGAUUUUUUUCUUGAUAGCUUUUUUGCUGCUGAAGGGGUGUGGUUUAGAUGAGACUGAGGUGGCUCAGAUGGAGCUCUGUCCAUACUGAAGCUACAUCCACACAUCUCUGACUGAAGCAUACUCUUCUCGGUUGGUUUGCCCAAAUGCAGGCAUAUCUUUCCUUGCUGCACACGCUGUAUUUUGCAAUACUUCAAAUCUGGUUUUACUGAAGAGGGCAGGUUGCGCUUGAUGCCUGUCAAUGUAGGACCUGCUGGAGUGGGACGGCCUGUAAUGAGAUUGCGUAGUACUGUGUGUCGUCGUGGUUAUGUGAUGGGGGAGAUGUCAGCGGGAUGAGGUGGCGUUGCGACAGCACGAGGGUCUUUUUGAAUCACUGGAUCAUUUCCACUCUAAAACUCAGUGUCAUAUCUCACAAGCUUCCUCACACCAGGACCUCCAUUCUGUAUGUUGUGUGUGUAAUCCUCUCUCUCUCUCUCUCUUUGUGGUGACAGCACUAGGGACGUGAUUUAUCCUUUCAAACAAUGUCUUGCACAGAUGUUAUCCAUGGACAAACAUUCCUCGUUGGUUUGAUUGGAAAGAUAUGUGAUUAAUGAUGAUUGAUGAAAAUAACUGCUGUUUUUACAGUCACACAACUCUACGGCAGUCCAUUUCCAAUGAGUGUCUUUUUGAUUUGUGUGAUGAGUCAAAACAAUAAAAUGGAGUUUUGUAUCAGAAA